GAGAGCAUGUGGAGGUCCACCCCAACCAGCAAAAACUGCUUUGACCCAGCCGGCCGCUAAAGGGUAAAGUGGACCUCUACAGGACAGCAGGUCAAGGCACACACUCGGGAGUAAUCGGGCGCAACCUUUCGUCGGCAUCGCAAUCUCAGUUUCUGGUACUCCAUGCUCCAGUUAAUGACGGGCCCGCGUCGCAUAGCCUCCGGACUCCUGACCAUCGCCAAGUCGCACUACGGGAACCCCAAGAUCAUGCGCGUCCUGUCCCCGUACGCCUGCGGGGACGACAAUCUCAUCGUGGAGGACACCCCGGCCGCAGACGUACACGUCGACGAUGCCGAGCUCGGCGCAUUUCUCGACGAGAUGGACGGAUCAACGCUCAGCAUCCGCAUGGGUCGCGAGAUUGCUGGCAAUGUUCUCGGGCUUAGCGCUUGGUGUGGUGUUUGGUGGGAGUGGGAGGGAGCAGGUUGCUUGUACAUAGCGUUCGGCAAUAGUGUACAGGCAGUCUAUAUCGUGAAGCAGUGGCACUUUUCUUUUGUCACGGUGUAUUAUCGAGGCACGCGUCACGCCUGCAGUUCGAUAAGUGCGUGCGUACCUUGGACGUGUCACCGGGGCGAGGGGCACCCCAAGUGGCGGUGCUACGGACAAGGGGCCAAAUAGGUUUGGUUGGAGCUUAAUUUCGUUGAGUUGAGUCUCCGUAUGCGCAAGAAUGUGGGCUUGAGCGGGAACAUGCGACUUGCGUGAACCUAAAGGCAAGGGGUGCGGUUUUUUGGAAGGGAAGGAGUGGGUUGAUGCAUUUUGUUUCGGGUCAUUUUUGUGCUUUGUGUUCAUAGAUCGUGUGGUUCACGAUGCGUUCUGAGUUGGUUGGUGCACGUCGUGACUACGUUUUGCAAUGUCGAACGUGGUCGUCCAAAUUUGGGUUGUGAGCCCCAAUAUUGUGAAUUCUUAUUGAUGGAUUGGGUUUUGGGAUGCAUCCUGCUGUAAAUGGUGUCGAUGAGCGAUGAGCGUUUUUGUACGUGUAGGAGCACUAAAUGCCGCUGCGAGGGACGCGACAAAAAGAUAAAUGAAAGAAACAUUCGAAAGGA